AUGCACUUCUCCGCGCUCGCAGCCCUCGUCAGCACCCUGUCCGCCCUAGCAUCAGCUACCCCAACACCAGAUCUAUCAGACGCCGAACUGGAGAAGCCUGCAGUUGCCCCCCUCGCUGAUCUCUACGGCCCAUGGAAUGAUUCCAUAUCCUCAGUCAAGAUCCUCAGUCCCGCGCUAGGAAUCUGCGGAUUCCACAAAGCUACAAAUGCAAGGGACCGCGAUUGUAGGGGCCCCUAUUUCACGAUUGAUUAUCUCACCCCCGUCGACGAUGUUCAGCGGUACGCCGGGUUCAAUGAGCAGAUUGGCUCGUUCCUAUGUACGGGGAUCGUGGAGUGA